CCAAUUGACCGAGACAUAUAUUCAAAUCUUUUUACUUACGCUCACCUCAUAGAUAUCUCAUAUUGUAUAUCUAGCGUUGGAGGAAUAAGUGAACCAUUUCAAUGUGAUUUGAGCUGUGAAGAACGGUUUCCUAAUGUGACUUUGGCGUACCAAUGGUAUUUCGAUGAUCUGGUAACAGGAUACAUAGCCACUACCUAUGCCAACAUCUUUAAUUAUAACGAUACAAGCACUGAAAAACCACCGAAGAAGACAAUUAUAGUCUCACUCAGAGGUACACGAUCGUUUUUCGACUCUUACACUGAUUUGAAAGUCGACAUGGUACAAUAUUCCAACCUUAGACACAAACUCCCGUAUUGCGGAGACAAUUGCAAAGUUCACAAAGGAUUCUUUGAAUACUACAUCCACACUCUUCUUAAUAUCAGAGUAGUUUUAGACAAGGAAUUAAACUAUGAAAACUGCGAGUUGCUCAUUGUGGGCCAUUCAAUGGGAGGAAGUGUAGCUCUUUUACUCGCGCUACAUUAUCUAGAUCUAGGGUAUGUCCAAAUGACUUUGGUGACAAUGGGACAACCUUUAGUAGGAAACAGAGAGUUUGUCAAGUGGGUUGACAAGGUAAUGGGUAGUAAUAUUGAACCCAAACACAACACCUACAAUAGAAAGUACUUCCGAAUAGUACAUAAGAAUGAUAUUGUGACCACUAUCCCGAAUAACAACAUUUUGAACGCCUAUCACCAGUUUGACAACCAGAUCUACUUGAACUGCUCGUCAGACACAACAGUACCAUUCCCAGAUACAGUGGUGGAUUGUGUAACGGGAGACAAUCCUUACUGUAUCAGGAAAGACUUCCAGGGCAUCAGCCUAAUAGACUACAUUAGUCGCAACUAUUUUAAAAGUCACAACACGUACUUUCGUAAGCUAGGGCUUUGCGGAAUGAAAAUCAAAUAG